AUUUGUAUCGAAAAUCCUAUUUACCACACUUCCGAGUUGCCACCUUGGGCAGCGACGACGUGGUCAUGUGGUCUUUGAGCUGUUGCCACGUUCUUUCUUCAAGAAACAGUCUGUUGGAAAGACACGAUGAUGUCGAGGCUUCAAAUGGCCUUCUUUGCGCAGCUGAUGUUUUCUCGUGCCAAGCAAUGGUCACAAUUGCAAACCAACGCAUUUUAUAAUACCACCAACCAUCAAAGUAAAAGAGAAGUUUGACCAUGGCGGCUCGUCUGUUGUUCCUGUUAUCAGUAUCAUUAUUAUGUGCCUAUCGAGUAUCGGCAUUCCUCGUCGUCCAUCCAAACCGUGGGAGUGUCGACUUGUCGCUGUUGCGAGGCGCCAAACAACGCAUCAAGGCGGUAUGGUCCAAAACGGCAUGGGGACAACGGCGAAGGACUGUGGAUCAGAAUGGUGGCGAUAAUGAUUUAGCCUCUUUGGAAAAUGCGUUUGCCAAGUCGGAACAUCAAGAUCAUCAACAAGUGUAUGGCUACUACUAUCAUCACAACAACAUGGGCAGCAAUGGUACCAUGACCCUUUCUACAGGGAAUACUAUGAUGGAAGAAAUUCCUUCCGUGGUUGCAUCAUCGUCCUUGGCAACCAGCAGCCACAGAACCAAGCAAAUGCAAGAUUCUUACGACAAGAAUCAUGUGGCAACCAGCAGUCCAGCCUCUAUUACUGCUGCUACAAGGCCAGCCAACGGUCGAACGUCCAGAUUUUUUGGACUUUUGGAAAAUGGCAAAGACUCCAGCAGGGACUCUGUAAUCGAUAGUACCGGUAGUGGCAAACCAGUGGCGGUUGCAACCACAGAAUCUCCAGCUUCCCAAACGACUCCUACUUCCAUCCAGACUUUACAAUCACCUUCACAACAACAAUCCACAUCAACAACUACUACUCCACUGGAACCCAUGUACACAUUACCCCCACUUUCGUCCUCCUCCUCCUCCCUGUCCAAACUCGAAUUGGAAUUUCGCAACAUGCUGGCAUUUUUUGGCAAUUACACCCGCGCGGAUUUGUACACGGUACGAGAUCCUCGUACGCGGACCAUUUUAGAGGGUGUCAUUUCCAGUUCCGACGAACCGGCCGUCUAUCGAGCGUUUGAAGUCCUCUUUGAAGAUUUGCCACCUCUGCGAUUGGCGGGACGCAUGAUUUUUGCCAAACUCGAACAAGUCAUGCAACAAGCCGCCGCCACGGGACAGGCACAAGUCGAUUUGGUAGUGAAUCAAACGGGAAUACCGCAUGGCACAUGCCAAAAAGCCCGAUUGGCCUUUUUGACAUUGGCCGUGGCGACGGAAUACGGACAUCACAAGGAACCGGAAGCGCAUUUGACCACCGAUCAAUUGGUUUCUACUGGGUUGGCGAGUAUCGCCAUGGAUUUGUUGAGAUAUGACGACAAUAAUCACCAACAGUUCUUGGCCACACUGGACCGCGAACAAUCGGGACGGGUCACCUUUUCCGACUUUAUGAUUGGCAUUCAAACCAUGGCCGAAGAAACCUGUGGCAUUGAACACUGCGAUCCGGCACAAAUCUUGCAGACGGUCGCCAACGAAAUGGAACCCGCCUUUCUUCGCAGCAACCGCCACGCCGCAAUGGACCAGAAACGACAAGAGCACAGUGAUCGCUACGACCGCAUGGUGACAUCGUUUCAGGAAUGGGAUGAUGUCGUACCGACGGGAGAAGGGCGGCGAUUGGAUGUGCUACGAGGCUGCUUUGUCGGGGCACGCAACAAACCCGUCGUAGAAGCCCUGCGGGUUGUGUACAUUGACUACGUCCCAUUGCGCAUGGCCGGGAACAGCAUUUUUGCACUGACCAAAUCGCUCGUCUCGCAAAUACGAAAGCGCAGCAAAUGAAUUGAAAGAAAGCUUUUGAGCUUGGUGAUGAUAGAGCAGAAAAACAGAAUAGACAUGCAA